CAAACUUAAAGUUAGCUGCGCCGCAAUUUGCGGGCGCGGUCGUCGCUUAGAGGAUAGGUUCCUGGAUCUUGCCUGCUGAAGGCGCCUAUUAAUCCUAUUUGCCCAUAUCGCAUACCCCCCUCUGACAUUUACGAAGCAUGCUAUCCACAUAUUAAGCCGUAUUAAGGAGCACUUUAACUAACCUAUCGCCUAGUAUCAGUAACGAGAUAGAGAAUUUACCAAUUCUAAAGUCAGUAUAGUAGGAAAUAGUGCCGGGCUUAUUAUUCCACAUACUCUUUGGGAGAAGAACUACGGCCAGAGAACAGUUAAAGUUAGCCCGCCUUUGGCCUCGAAGAUCCAAGCCUGACCGCCAGCUCACAGGCGUCGUGUUCCGUUAAGACGCAGAUAAGUGGCACCGAGACCAACACGACUACCCCGAUGGACAAUCCCAACUCAAGGGAUCGUCUUCAUACGAACAACACCCUUCGAUCGCGCGGUAUAUCCAAUGCCUCCAAUCAUACCUCUUCUAGUUCGGCAAGUUCCUCUGCGAUUUCCAUUCCUCUGGAAGCUGCGUCCCAGUCGCCCUUGGAUACCGCCUGGAUUUGGUUGGCCAAGAACCGGUUCCCCCGAGACUGGCAGGAGACAUUCAAAGCACUUAACAUCCAUGGAACCCAGUCCUUGGAGCCCGAGGCUGGCCGCGGCCGUGGUAACUCUAACCAGCAAGUAUACCCUAAACUCGCCCGAGAAUGCACAGAUAGCGGAGCCUGUUGGGGCCAGCCGAGGGAACGAGAGGAAGGGCAACUAAUGGGACAGCUUAUUCAAAGCAUCGUUACCGGCCGGUCGGCUGAAUCUACCAAGAGCUCGAGUUCACACGGCCAGAACAAGUCUUCCAGUGGUGGGCAUGGGAACAAUCUACCAAGCGCUGGAACCGAUCCUGAUCCCAGUUUGGACCGGCCCGGUUCGAGCUGGGGACCAGGUCCAGAAGACAGGAACGACCACCAAUCACAUCAACGAUCAAAGACAAUUAGCCCUGUACGGACGUAUGUCCUUGCUACCAUGGACUAUUGGCACUACCGAAUGUGCGAUAUCACCGAAGCGGAGACGGCGGCCGACAUUCGCCAGGCCGUCUGUUUGCAUCUGGGUUUGGGAGACUACGAAAAUUCCUUGCUGUACCUUACGGAGGUUGGCAGGUUUGAUCAUGCCGAUCCUCUAGAUGACCAGAAACUUGUUACCACCAAACAGAUUAGGGGAGAUCCAGUGGGAACUCUCAAGUUCUUCGUCACACCUCCGGCAGUCCCUCCCGCGACCAGCGGCCUUACAGCAAACCCCAACGUGCCAGCAUCCUUAGGUUAUUUGGAGCCUGGGCUUGAUGGCUCGAAACAUAAUCCGCGGCAGCGGUCAAGUACUUCACCCCCUACCUCCAGGUCUAACACAUCGACGGAUAACAAGAUCGAUGAGAAGGCUCUCUCGCAAGAGGCAACCUCAUAUGGCGUUGAGAUGGAGAGAAAAGAGCGCGAAUAUCUUGCGAUGCGGAAGCAGGCAGCAGCGAAGGGUAGCCCAUUUAAGUCGGUUGGUCCAGGCAUAACAAGCAACAGAGUUAGACCGCCUCCGGCACCGCCUGCUAAUGAUGAUAGCGACGAUGAUUUCGAUGAUGGCUUGUUCGCGAUCCGUCUGGCAAAUCGAAGCAAGGGCAAGGCCUCUGCUGAGAAACAACAGGGACAUGACGCAGUUGACCACGAUAAGCAGCCCAGUCUGACAAUGAAUACUUCUCGGGCUGAAAAGGGCCUUUCAGUGUCCUUUACAUCUCCACAGUUUAUGCCAAGCGCUGUUACACUUAACCCCAACGACGACGGCGUAGGACUUUCUCGUAAACCACCAGCAACCCCUCGAUCCGACUCUAGGGCAUCUAGUGAGAAGGACAGCAAGUUGAGCCGACGGAAACCGUUCAUCGAAAAGGACGUUUGGGCUAACUGUCCUCCAACGGAUGCCCUGAUUAACAACCUCGCUGACUUCUUCCCUAACUUGUAUCUUGAUCAACGAGUUCUAGAAGAGGGAGAGGGUGGGGAGAUACUUCCAUCUCCUAUCGCCGAGGCAGAAGAGACCUCUGGGGGCGCACCUAAGGCGACGCCCGAGAGAGCGCAAGGAGUUCCUGCAGCUGAACCCCCUACCGAUGGUCUGCCUGCCGUUACACCCAGCCGACCGCCCUCUCUUUACAAUGAGAACGAUACUCAUGGUUCUGAUGAAUCUACUCUUAAGGCUCCAGAACGACCUACUCCUGUGGCACAGAGAAGUCUCGGCCGUUCUAGUGGACUUGACCGCAUGAUAUCCAUUCGUGAAAGCAGAGGACAGGCCUCCGGCAACAUUGUGCAGUUCCGCCCGGAUCGACGUGGCAGCAUGAUCACGCCCCAGAAUCCUCAAGAUACCCUCCCCAAGAGGCAGACAACAUUCCGCUGGUUCAAGGGUCAACUCAUUGGCAAGGGCACCUAUGGUCGUGUGUACCUGGGUAUGAAUGCCACUACUGGUCAAUUCUUGGCUGUCAAGGAAGUGGACAUCAACCCCAAGGCUGCUGGUGGUGAUAAGCAGAAGAUGGAAGAAUUGGUCGCGGGACUGGACCAUGAAAUUGACACGAUGCAGCACUUGGACCACGUCAACAUUGUGCAAUAUCUCGGAUGCGAGCGCAAGGAAACAAGUAUCAGCAUCUUUCUCGAGUAUAUUUCUGGUGGCAGUAUCGGAUCAUGUCUCCAUAAGCAUGGCAAGUUCGAAGAAUCCAUUGUCGCGUAUCUCACCCGACAAACGCUCUCCGGAUUGGCAUACCUGCAUCAGGAGGGUAUUCUCCAUCGAGAUCUGAAGGCAGAUAACAUCCUUCUGGAUGUAGAUGGCACUUGCAAGAUCAGUGGCUUUGGUAUCUCUAAAAAGACAGACAACAUCUACGGCAAUGACAAGACGAACAACAUGCGAGGCUCGGUGUUCUGGAUGGCUCCCGAGGUCAUUCGAUCACAAUGCGAGGGAUACAGUGCCAAGGUAGAUAUCUGGAGUCUGGGUUGUGUGGUGGUGGAGAUGUUCGCAGGCCAACGACCAUGGGCCAAGGAGGAGGCGGUAGGCGCCAUCUACAAAAUUGCCAAUGGCGAGACGCCACCGAUCGCUGAGGACAUCCAAGGAACCCUUGGUCCGCUGGCGGUGGCGUUUAUGAUGGAUUGCUUCCAAGUGGACCCCUUUGAUCGUCCAACGGCAGACGUACUCCUCUUACAGCAUCCAUUCUGCGAACUCGAACCCAACUUUAACUUUCAUGAGACAUCAUUGUACGCCAAGAUUAAGCCGAUGCAAAAGGAAGGUGCGAAACCACCCCAGUAAGAGGGCUGCGGCCUGGAAGAGAGGGGAGGCAUUUUUAGUUAGGCAAUUUUUGAGGGGGAUAUCAUACAAGCUUCUAAAGAGAACGAGGGAUAGGUAUAAGCAUGAAGGAGACAGAGAUGGGCGUUCUUUUGUUUGGCUGGUGUCCUUGAAGCUGCUCUGCUCGCACUGAGUGAUGAUUUACACAUAAGGGGUAAUUAAUGGGAUAACAUGAUAGCCCCGAUAGUGUGCAUGAUAGGAUACAGGGUUUUAUUGUGACGCGGCUAUGUGUAGCUAAAUGAUGCCUACUACUGUACAAAGGACCGUCCGAAUCCCGCCGCA